AAAUUAAAUAAAAAAAGAACCAGAUUCUUAUUCUCUCUACAAUGUGAACUACGAACUAAACCCUAAAAUGACUACCAUUUCUAUAUCUACACUCGUCAUAUCACCACCCCCAAUUCCUUAACUUCAACUCAAUUCACUCUCUUCUCUAAAUGGAUCCUCGUCGUACUUCUCGGGUUAUCGACCCGAAAGUCCGAAAAGUCGGUUUUUUUGCUCCCCAACCCGACCGGACCCAAUCCGGACCCGCCGAUUUGCCGCCAGUGUCGGCGUCUUUGUCUCCGGUCAUGAUUCCACCGGCACGUCAUGCUUCCGAUAAUAUCGGCCGCGCUGUCGGAGUUCCGGUGCCGGUGAGGGAUGUUCGGCGAUCGGAGGUGGACUAUGUGCCGGUAGGGAGCUAUAAUCCCGGGGAUUCGGUGCUAGGAACGUCUCCGGUGUCGUCGAGUAGGAUAGGGGAUGGCGAGUUUUCGGAGGAUUUGGAGAAUUGGAGUAGGUCGGAUAGUAGGGGGAAGUUGCCAAUGUCGCUGCCGAGUAAUGGAUUGGAUAUGAUGGCGGUUAGGAGUUUGUCGAAAAAAGUUACUCAAGUGGCCAAUGAGGGAAAAGGUUAUCCAGCUUCUGCAGUUUCCAUGGAGUCAGAUUCAAAAUCACUAAAAGCGAAAACAACAAAAGCUGAAAGGCGCGCCUUGCAAGAGGCUCAACGAGCUGCGAAGGCAGCUGCUAAAGGCUCAAAUGAUGAAGGAAAAGUAUCUGUUGGUGCUACUGGACGGGAAGCUUCUGUGCAGACAGGGAAAGUGCUAAAACAGCCUAAACAAAAGAAAGAUGUUCCUGUAGCAGCUUCUGAGAAGAAAGGAGGUGAUCGACCUCUCGAAAAGGAUAGGAAGAAAGAUGUGCCUCCCCCUCGAAUGCAAUUUGAUGAUAAAACCCGGGUGGAAAAGGCUAAAAAACGUUCAGUAGUCAAACAAAUUGAAGCCCGGAACAGGGUCGAAUUUUUUCUGCAUCUGCCUCAAUAUGAGCGCGGAAGUCAGCUUCCUGAUCUUGAGACAAAGUUUUUCCAAUCUGAUCAUAUUCAUCCAGCUGUUUACAAGGUUGGAUUACAAUAUCUUGCCGGAGAUAUUACAGGGGGCAAUGCUCGUUGUAUAGCAAUGCUGCAGGCAUUUCAAAAAGCUAUAGAAGACUACUGUGCACCAUCAGAGAAAACUAUUAAUAGAGAUUUAAUAGCCAAGAUCAAUGGUUACAUUUCCUUUCUGAUUGAGUGCCGGCCCCUCUCAAUUAGCAUGGGUAAUGCAAUUCGGUUUCUUAAGGCUCAUAUUACAAGAUUACCUUCUGAUAUUUCUGAAUCGGAAGCAAAAGCCUCUAUUAGUUCAGACAUAGAUCGUUUCAUUACUGAGAAGAUAGUACUGGCAGACAAGAUUAUAGUCGGGCAUGCUGUUGCAAAAGUCAGGGAAGGGGAUGUUCUACUCACAUAUGGUUCAUCUUCUGUUGUUGAAAUGAUUCUUUUACGGGCUCAUGAACUUGGCACUGGAUUCCGAGUUGUGGUGGUUGACUCGCGUCCCAAACUUGAAGGUCAAGCACUAGUCCGCAGACUAGUCCAAAUGGGAGUGAACUGCACAUAUACUCAUAUAAAUGCCAUCUCCUAUAUUAUGCAUGAGAUCACCAGAGUUUUUCUUGGGGCUGCUUCUGUAUUGUCCAAUGGAACAGUAUACUCAAGGGUUGGGACUGCAUGUGUUGCUAUGGUUGCACAUGAAUUUCGUGUUCCGGUCAUGAUCUGCUGCGAAGCAUAUAAGUUUCAUGAGAGGGUGCAACUUGAUUCAAUUUGCUGUAAUGAACUUGGUGAUCCAGGGGCCAUAUCCAAGGUUCCAGGGGAAUUGGAUAUUCGUUAUAAUGAUGAUUCGGUUAAAAAAGACAAUCUCCAACUUCUUAAUUUGUUGUAUGAUGCCACUCCUUCAGAUUAUGUAUCGGUGAUUAUCACGGAUUAUGGCAUGAUCCCAGCCACAAGUGUUCCAGUAAUUAUACGCGAAUAUGGUGGAGAGUAUCUUUUUACAUGACACAUCAACAUAGAAAGUAAUAUACAUGUGCUCUUCUGAUUGAUAAAUACAAAUUAAAUACACUAUACUGUAAUAGUUAAUAUUUGAAAUAUUAACUACAAUUUUGUGAGUUCUGAAGUAUUGAAAUGUGCCCUGUCAACUGUCAAGUUGUGCAAACUGUCCUUUUGGUUUACGAGUGUAAUGGAUAGCAAUAGUCGAGGUUGCCUGUUUCUACAUUUUCCAAGGUUGCCUGUUUCAUACAUUUUCUGAAUCGAUGAUGGAUGUUCUUUCC